UGGAUGUGCUAUAUAUGUUGAAUAAAUUGUUCAAAUUUGUAUGGAUUCUCUUCACUUGUGUGACAUAAUGGGAGUGUUAUUAUACACACAGGAGUGUGUAUCGGGAGAAGAUGUGACACAUCUCCUUUGAAACAUGGUUAGCACAGCUACUCCCUCAAUUCCGUCUCAUGCAAUAUCUCAUACAGUCAAUUCCUAAAACAGUAGAUAGCACAGUGGUUAAUCAUUCUUUAGCCCAAAUAGCCUACAUUAUUAAGUUUCUGAUGUGAGUUUGUUGUCAGAGCUCCUAAGAAGCCAGCCGGGCAGUCACACGGAUGGUUUGUUUAAAUAUCACAACACAAAUGUCCAUUACAAAAUUAAUCAAAUUAACGGGAACCUAUGACUAUCUGCCUCGUUCUCCAGUGGCGUGUAUUGACAUAACCAGCCUUUAGCAUGUUCCAGCGGGCCCAUGCAGGGCUCUCUGCCCUUUGGCCUUCAAUCCCCGAUACUCGGCUCCAGCCAGCUCACAGCGGGUUUGUGAGCGUGCCUGGCCGGCUGGCUAGUUGUCGGCCCCCGCAGGCGCUAGCUUGCAGUCGCGCCUGUUUGUUGGGUUUCUCUCUGCUGCUUUGGUGCAGGAGAGACUAUCAUGACUCGCUGUCAAAACACCCCACAGGAGAACUACAGCUCAUCCACUAACUGACUGAAGAUGAAGCGAGCCAGGGUCGGUGGCGAUGAGGAAGCUCCCCGGCAGAAUGGCUCUGCCGGCCGAAGGAAAGGAGACGGGGACAACGGUGGCUGUGCCUUCGGCCCAGCUGAACUGCAAGAGGACGACAAUGACCCGGGACUCAGGAGAGAAAUACGGAGCAAGUACAGAGACCUCAUCAACUCAGUGCAACAGAAUAGGGAAGAUAUGCUGAGUCCCUCCAACAACAAACUCACAGAAGUUUUAGAAGAGGCAAACAAACUUUUUAAAGAUGUCCGGCAGGCGAGAGAAGCAGCUCUGGAUGCCCAGCUCCUUGUUGUGGCCACAGACCUGGGAAAGGAGAAAGCCAGCCAACUGUUCGCUGAGGGCACUGCUUUCGAUCCCACUGCUUUUGCUGAGCACCUUUUGUCCUUCAUGGGUCUCAACCGACUGGAAGACGGGGAGGACGAGCAGCAGAACGGAGGCGCAGUUGAUGGCUACCUGCCCCAGGAUGCUUGGCACAGAGUGGCCAGGAGAGCAGAGUGCUGUUUCAGGACGGCACCCUCCUUCCACUACAUGAUGGGUUCGUUCCAUGCAGAGCCGCCUCCUCCAAAGCAAAGGAUAGAACGGCAAAGGAAGGCACCCAGCAAGGAAGCUAAAAGGAUAAUGCCUACUCAGCUGAAGAAAAUGGAAGACUCCCAUCAAGAAGCGACAGAGAAAGAGGUGGAAAGGAUCCUGGGAUACCUGAAGAGUUAUUACCAAGAUGAUCCAACAUCCCCAAUAUCGUAUUAUGAGUUUGUCAUUGACCCAAACUCGUUUUCCCGGACUGUAGAGAACAUUUUCCACACGUCUUUUCUAAUCAGGGAUGGUUUGGCACGGAUGUAUCUGGAUAAUGCCAAAUUGCCUUGUAUAGCACCUGUAGAGGAGGGGGAGGUGGAAGCUGGAGGGUCAUGCAGCCGUAAACAGUGCAUCGUCUCCAUCAGCCCAAAGACAUGGAAGGAGCUUAUAGAGGCCUUCGACAUCAGAGACACAAUGAUUCACCCUCCAAACACGCAGAAUGAGUGACGGACCCUGCCACUUUUUGUUAGCUGAAACCGAACAUUGUUUUUAGGAGUUUUUUUGUUUUUUUUAAAUUUCUAAAUAAUAAAGACAAAUUGUUAGACAUUUGCAAAGACCAAGUCUCAGUGUAGGUCACACACAAACACAUAUCUAAGUAACUUGAGAUCAGAAUUACUCAAUUGCACAUUUUUAUUUUUACUGUUUUUAGAAGUUUGAAUAAUAAAAGAGAAUAAAGAGAAA